UUUACUCACGUUUUGAAGUUGGGUUCUUUGUAAUACAGCUAGAUUCUAGCCAAAACAAUGUCUGAAAAAAUAACAACAAGGGUGAUUCAAAUCACCAACAUCGCACCAAAUGCCACCAAGGACCAGAUGAAGACGUUAUUUGGAUAUUUGGGGCGCAUUGAUGAAUGUAAAAUGUAUCCAUCGAACGAAUUACCAGAGGGGGAUACCUCUACCAAGGUGUGCUAUGUGAAGUAUGAUGACUCCGUAAGCAGUGGAAUCGCUCUUCAUUUAACUAAUACUGUUUUCAUUGACCGAGCCUUGAUCAUUGUCCCAGUUAUGGAUGGUAAGAUUCCAGAUGAAACUACAGCCUUGCAGAUUGCACCCUCAGCUAUUGCAGGCAUGAUUCCUGGGACACCUAGCUGGCCUAGCAAUGUUAUCAGUCAGAUGACGGGAACUGGCCUGACCCAGAUGAUUACGACCCAUGACCCCAAACUGACUGCCCUGGGUCUUGCUCAGUAUCCCCCAUUGCCAGGGAACACUGACCCAGCCAAGAUUGAGGAAAUCAGACGAACCGUCUACGUGGGGAACCUGGCCAAAAAUGUGACAACAGAACAGUUGCUGAGCUUUUUCUCUCAGGUCGGGGAGGUAAAGUAUGUUAGAAUGGCAGGGGGUGAGACACAACCCACAAGAAAUGCUCUGGUUGAAUUUACGGACCAACGCUCCAUCUCAACUGCUCUGACUUAUAAUGGAGUUAUGUUCCAGGGCUUGCCAAUUAGUGUUACCCAUGCCACAGCAUGCAUCAUUAAGCCAAUAUCAAAGACACAGGAGGCAGCUCAGAGAGAGAUAGAGGAGGCCAUGAAAAAAGUCAAGGAGGCCCAGUCUCUUAUCACAGCUGCUGUGGAUGAACCACAUGAUAGAAGUCGUUCAAGGUCUCGCUCUAAAAAUAGAAGAAGGUCCCGAUCUAGGUCAAGGAAGAGAAGUCGAUCAAGAAAGAGGUCCAGAUCAAGAAAAAGGUCAAGGUCAAGAAAAGGGUCCAGGUCAAGAAGGUCAAGAUCAAGGAGAAGGUCAAGGUCCCGCAGAAGGUCAACCUCAAGAUCCAGAAGACGAAGAUCUAGGUCACCUAGAUCAUCCAGAUCGAGAAAGUCUCGUUCAAGAUCCCGAACACGAAGCCGUCGUUCACCCUCGAGAUCCAGUGAUCAGAAAGUUGGCAGGAAGACCUUAACUGGUUUGAGAAGCCCAAAGGAAGGGGCAAAUGGCUUCCCCAAAAGGGGGCCGCUGAAGGGCCAAACCAUCUUUCCUAUCAGGAGGGGGAGGUCCAGAACCCCACCCAGGGCCUAUAGCAGAAGAUCCCGAUCUAGAAGCAGAAAGAGAAGCAGGACUCCAAAACGCCGAUCUCCCGAGGUACGGAAAAAAUCACGCUCAAAGUCCCUGUCCCCACCCAGACUGGAGAGAGAGGAUUCCAACCCAGCGGGGGAGGAGUCAGAGAGAAUGGGCCCAGAAUCCAGUCCACCCUCCAUCUGUGAGAAGGCAGGGGCAGACAGUGUCACUGAUGCCCCGGAAGACUCAGCCAAACCUGAGAAAAGGUCCUCCAGUGAAGCGAGGAGUCAAUCCAGAAGUCCUGAGAGAUCAGACAGCCCAAAUCGCAAGGAAUCGGCGAGUCCAAAGCCCAGGUCAGCAAGUCCGAAGCCCAGGCCAGCAAGUCCAAAGAGGAGUCCCUCACGUCGUUCAUCAAGAAGUCCACGAAGGCGAUCCAAGAGUCCAAGACAUAGAUCAAAAAGUCCAAGACGUAGGUCAAAAAGCCCUAGGAGAAGGUCAAAGAGCCCAAGGCGAAGGUCCAAGAGUCCAAGACGUCGCUCCAGAUCUCCUAAGCGUAGAUCACGAAGUCCAAAACGUUACUCCAAAAGUCCAAGCAGAAGAAGUAGCCGCAGAAAGUCCCGCAGCAGGAGCAAAGGACGUAAAGCCAGCAAGCGAUCCCGACACAGCCGGAGUCGAUCCAGACGACGCUCUAGGUCCAGGAGUGGAUCUCGUCACAGAUCCAAGAAGGAAAAACGAAGAGACAGAAGCCGUGACCGAGACGAGAAAAAGAAGAAGCACAGGGACCGGGAGGAGAAAUCAAAGGAGAUGAAGGUGGUCCGCGAUUACGAUGAAGAGGAGAAACAGAUCGAGGAGGAUUACAGCAGCGAGGACGACGAUGAUGACCGCCCUGCUGGUCUUCCUCGGCCCGCAGAUGACAUGAACUUACAGAGUGUGGACAUGGACAUGAGUGAUUAAGUUUAAAACAGCACGGUGUACCUAACGCAAUAUAAGGCAUGGAAUGCUGCAAAUCAGUGACUGGAUUUACUUGUAUAUCCUACAUAAUGUAGGCUUACUUUGAAGUUUUGGCAGGACGUUGUCUCAGAUAGGGUAUUUGUACCUGGCUCUGUAUGUGUAGUCUUUAAAAGGAGAUGUGAAAAUGUUCUAGCUAAUGCCUUGAUCAAUUAAUGUUAAAAGCUGAUAGCUAUAAUAAGGAAUAUAGAUAUUGUGUAUGUAUAUGUUGUUAUGGCUUUAAAGUCGCUAUUAUAUCUGAAAAGUGGUCAAUAAGUUCAUACAUUCUUUGUUUUUGAUAAUUUGUUUAUACAUAUGGAAAUGUAUAUAAUGAAGUGCAAUUUACUCAUUAAAUAUGUAUUGGCACUUCA